CUACCAUACCACCAUGAAGAUCGCCAAGGGCACCUAGACGGUCCUUUGUUAGAGGGCGUUUACUGGCGUAUGGGGUAUACCCCACAAACCCCACGACGAACUUCUCCAAUUCCUGGGGGCUAAUUUGUUUCCUUCUUCCUAUUCCCAUCUCAAACUUCCCUGUCCUCGUCCUACGUCGAAGCAUUCGUUGACAGCGAGAGCAACCAUGGAUUAUGUACCUGUCACAAUGUCUUCGACGACAGUUGAGACUGUGGAACCCAAACCCAAGUCCUCAGCAAAGAUGCGCAAGAGGGCGCCAAAGGCUUGCCUGUCAUGCCGAAGUCGCAAAGUGAGAUGCGAUGUCUCUCAGCGCGGUAGGCCAUGCAUGAAUUGUUAUCUCGACAACGAAACAUGCGUUGUUACUGGACGAGCAUCCAGAUUAAGAGGCCAGCGCGGUGAAAACGAUAAUUCGCAAGUAUCAUAUCCGCCUUACGCAGGAGACGAAUGCGCGCAUGGACGGACUUCAGAAGAUGUAGUAAACUCACGAACCGGCGGACAAAUGCCUUCCGCAAGGGCAGAGGAAGAACAUGAUCAUUCGUCACGCGACGCACCCGAUUUAAUGAAUCAAAAUGAAACCCAGACCGUGGAGAUUGAUGUAGACAGAUGGACCGCCACGGGAUUAACAGCGACAAGUGUACUCAACGAUCAACGCGGCAAUAGGAUUCCAAGUCCUCCCCCCAUAAUUCAAGAAGCCACAACUAUACCACUAAAUACGUUCAAUUCCUUCACGUCCCCAGAAAUACCCCUUUGGGUAGGAGAUCAGCGCAUCGCAAUGAAUGCCGAUGUCACAUACUCAUACUACCCGUUCAUCAAAACCGGCAAUCUUCAUAACAUCAUGCCUCAAGAUGUCAAUUACUUAGAAUCGCAAGGCUGCCUCCGAGUCCCAACAAGAGCGAUAUUAGACGAAUUCGUGCAACAAUACUUUUUGCACAUCCAUCCGAUCAUGCCGAUACUGAAUGAAGGCGACUUUUGGGACAUGUACUGCAAUCCAUCAUCCGGGUCAACCGACAAGAUAUCUCUAGUUUUCCUUCAGGGGCUCUUAUUUUCGUCUUGUAACUUCAUCUCGAAAAGUAGUAUCAAAGCCUUGGGGUUCCCCAACAUACGCACUGCCAGGGCUACAUUCUACAGGCGCACGAAGCUCCUCUUCGACUUCGACACCGAGACCUCCCUAGUCGACCUAGCGCAAACCGCUCUCCUCUUAUCCUUCUGGGCGACAAAUUGGUCUCUCGCCGCAAAAAAGCUAAAUAGCACAUGGCUCGGCAUCGCCAUCCAAAACGCAAAAAGUUCCGACGCGCAUCUCUAUGCAGUGAAACAGAAUUACUCAGCGAUAACGGACCCGGUACAGCAUAAGAAGCAAAACAUACUCAAGCGAUUAUGGUGGUGCUGUCUUAUCCGCGAUCGCAUAUUAGCACUCGGCGUACGGCGGAGUUUGCAAAUCUCCCGAGCGCAUUUCGAUCUCGACGCGAACCCCGGUCUCGGAUACACGGACUUAGCCGAUGAAGUCGACCGGUCAAAGGUGUACAAUGCAGAGACUAAGAGGUGUCUCAUCGAGAUAUUCGUCCAAUUGGGAGAACUCUGCUCCGUGUUGACGGAUCUCGUGACCUUAGUAUUCCCUCUCGAUGACGUACCUGGCUGGGAUAGGGAAUUGGGUUCAGAAGGAACCGCGAAGUUGAAAGAAUGCAAAGCAGCGUUGAGAAGGUGGUACAAAGCCACGACACUCCGGUUCCCCAGGCUUUGCGGCGGAAAUACGCCGAGGAUGACGAAUGCGCAGAAUCAGCUUCAACAUGAUUCCGUGAUCUUGUACACCAAUUUGAUGUACAUGCAUUACCAUUCUGCCCGAGCAGCGCUCUGUCAUCAUGAAGUCCUACAACUUGCUGUAGCAUGCACUUCACCCAACCUAAGCAGCAAUCUCCGCGAAUUCUCUAAUAUCUACGAGAACAGGCACGAGCUCCAAGACGCAGCUUGCAGCGUAACAGAAUGUCUCAAAGAACUCCUGCAACUGCGUCUUGUCCGGUGGCUUCCGAUCAGCGCCGUCGCAUGCACCGCCCUCCCGCUAGUCCUCCACAUAAUCGACGUAAAACUCUCCUCCCAAAACAAGACCAAACCCGGUAACACAGCAGAUUCCGAUCCGCACCUAGCCGCCAAACAACACCGCUUGAACAUCCUCAUCGAAGCGAUGAAAACCUACCAACCACAAUACGACGGCGUAGAUUACAUAUCCGAAACCAUCCGGCACAUAAUCAACCUUGCACAACUCGAUGCACCCGCCAGUGCCGGCGGCGGAAUAUCCGGUUUACGCAACGAUGGUAAACAAGCGAAUAUCUCGGACUGGACCGAUAUUCUCGCUUCGCAGCCGGGGUACUACUUACGUUUAGCCAUGACUAUGGACUUAUGUUUCAGCAAAGGGCGAUUAGUCGAAGAAUCCGAUUUCCCGGCGAAUUUGCGCGGGCUCUUCGCUGCCGACUUCAGUUCCAUUAGAGCACUUGUGGCGGGACGGAAAGCAGCGGCACAGAACCAGGGUUCGUAUUUCAUGCCGAAUCCAACUGCGAAUAUAAUACCGGGUACCGUACGCUCGUUAUCGUCGGACGAGGAGUCGAAUUCACCGGAUUCUCUGCAGGGUGGAACUACGAACAACCCUGUAAAUCCGAAUUCGAAUCCGAAUCAAACGUCUGAUCCGCGGCAUCACCCGCAUCUUAACCCACCUUCUACGAAUGAAGUCGAUAUGUCUGGCAUGUCAGGAAUGUUCAACAUCGACAACCUCGCCAGCGAGGUCCUUGCGGCGUGGGGCGCGGAUGCAGUGGAUCCGGACCAGCCCAUGUGUUACGAGGGGCAAGGUGAAGAUGAUUGGAUCGAGAGAGCGUGGAGCGAUGAAGAGAUCAAUGAUGGCGGACAUGGGCAAAUGCACGGACAAAUACAUAACCAAACCCCGGGACAAGGCCCGGGACAAGCGCAGAUGCACGACCAAAGUAGUGGCCCGGAUAAAGAGGCCGCCAGAGUAUUACUCGAUGCGUUAAGAGACGAUGGUGUAAGUUGCGGCGUAUGAUCGUGGGCUUUCUUGGCUGUGAAUGAUGAGCAUAGGCGUCCGGAUUGCAUUAGGAGGAGUUAAGUUGGAUUCACGAGUUAAAAAUGGGCAGAGGCGGACUUUCGUUUCAACGUUUUAGGAUAUGGGAACGAAAUUGAGGAGGUUCAAACCUCGGGUGUUCCUAGGAGGAUGGAAAGUAUAUAGGGCAUCCCUGCGGAUGGAUUACGGGGAGCAUGGACAUACCUAGGUACAUACCAUCAAAUGCAUAUACGUUUUUUCUAAUUCUUGGGACCGGGCCAA